AUGAAGUCCGAAAUAAGCGAUUGGAAAUAUCUCAAUCCUGUCAAAAUAAGGAGCAACAUAUUAUUCCAGAACACUCAUUAUGAUAUCGGUGACAAAUGUCUCUUCGUUUCGUCCCCAUAUGGAGGUUCUAUAGCGAUUGCUACACCAGAUAUUUCUUUCUGGAAUGUUAUGAUAAAAACAAACUCAGGAAAAACACUUUCAACUUUCAAAGCUCACAAUGUACAUUCCAUGUAUUGGACUCGUUGUCACAGACUGGUAAUCGUCAAUAUUCGUGGCCGUGUUCUUGUUUACACUCCCCUUGGGAAGCUUAAAUAUCAAUUCAUAAUCGAUGAGGAAAUUACUAUUACUGAGACACGUAUAUAUCACGGAGGAGCGGGUAAUACAGGUUUAGCAGUUCUUUCCGAAAAUAAUAGGAUCUAUGCUGUUAACUCAGUUAUGGAAGCCGUCCCAUGGCGCAUUCACGAUAUUGCAAAAGCGAGUCAUCCAUCUGCCUGGAAUGUGCUUACAUCUCUACAAGUGACUGUUUUAUUUGUUAUUGGUAAUGCAUUCUAUGCAGGCAUGCAAGGGAUUGCACCGCACCUUCUGGAUCUUUCAUGGAAGAUCAGUAAUGGAGAAUACAUAAAUAUUGUUCCAAACUGGGAUAGUUCUCGAAUUGCUCUACUCCAUUCGAGCUUUGUUGUUCAGAUUAUUGAUUCAGAUUUUUCACUUCUUUCUACUUUAUCUCUUUGUACCGCUGGUGAUGCAAUUAUAACAUCUAGCCUUACAUGGUGUGGUAGUGAAGUAUUGGCUCUCAAGCGUACCCAUCAAUCCUUAUAUCUGAUAUCUUUAUGCUCGGAAACUCAUAUAUAUGAUUUCGAAAGUCCUGUGAAAAUCGAUACGGAGCUUGAUGGCAUCAAAAUUUUCACUACAAAUGAAGUUGUUCUUUUAUCGCAAGUACCAGACGCAGUUGUUGAUGUGCUGGGUGUUGCAUCACCGGAACCUGGCGCCAUUUUAUAUGAAGCUUCAGAGAAACUCAUCGAAGGAACUUACGGUGUUUACGAGUAUAUACAUAUGAUUGAAGAUCAAAUGGACAAAGCUGUGCAACAAUGUCUCGUGUCCGCAGCGCAUCAGUUCGAUACUGUCUUGCAAAAGAAAAUGCUUAAAGCGGCAUCACUUGGGAAAUCAUUAUUGCGACGGCAGGAUUCUUCACAAUUCGUUGAUAUAUGUCGUGUUAUGAGAGUGCUGAACUUUUUGCGAAAGCCGUAUAUUGGAAUGGCGUUAUCAUUUGCACAGUAG